CUCCUCCCAGCCCGUGGCUGCUCAGUUGCUGUUGGGCCUUGGAGGUGUCAACGUUUGUGUCUCCUAUCUGCUAAGCCAUGGCUGUCCGGGCCCCCACUCCACGGGGUGACGCCAGUGCCGAGAGAUACCUGUUUGUGGACCGGAACCAGGUGGGAAACCCAGCAUCGCAGGCCGACUGGACGGCCAAGCGGCUGGUGUGGGUCCCUUCUGAGCGACAUGGUUUUGAGGCGGCUGGGCUGCGCGAAGAGCGGGGAGAUGAGGUGCUGGUGGAACUUGCUGAGAAUGGGCGUCAGGUGCUGGUCGCCAAGGACGACAUCCAGAAGAUGAAUCCCCCCAAGUUCACCAAGGUGGAGGACAUGGCGGAGCUGACCUGCCUCAACGAGGCCUCUGUGCUGCAUAACCUCAAGGACCGCUACUAUUCAGGCCUCAUCUAUACAUAUUCAGGGCUUUUCUGUGUAGUCAUCAACCCGUACAAGAACUUGCCCAUCUACACGGAACAGAUUGUGGAGAUGUACCGGGGCAAGAAACGCCAUGAGAUGCCCCCUCACAUCUAUGCCAUCUCUGAAGCUGCCUAUCGAAGCAUGCUGCAGGACCGAGAGGAUCAGUCUAUUCUAUGCACGGGUGAGUCAGGUGCUGGCAAGACGGAGAACACUAAGAAAGUGAUCCAGUACUUGGCACAUGUGGCUUCAUCACACAAAGCCCGGAAGGACCACAAUGUGCCGCUGGAGUACCUGAACGAAGCCAAACAACAGACCUCCAACCCUGCUUCCUACGGUGAACUGGAGCGGCAGCUGCUUCAAGCCAACCCUAUCUUGGAGGCCUUCGGCAACGCAAAAACCGUCAAAAAUGACAACUCCUCACGAUUUGGUAAAUUUAUUCGAAUUAAUUUUGAUGUAGCUGGCUACAUAGUUGGAGCAAAUAUAGAAACAUAUCUGCUGGAGAAAUCACGAGCCAUUCGUCAGGCCAAGGACGAGCGAACCUUCCACGUCUUCUACCAGCUUCUAGUGGGUGCUGGCGAGCACAUGAAAGGGGAGCUGCUGCUGGAGCCAUUCAAUCAGUAUCGCUUCCUCUCCAAUGGAUACCUACCCAUCCCAGGACAGCAGGACAAGGAGAUCUUCCAUGAAACCAUGGAGUCAAUGCGCAUCAUGGGCUUCUCGCACGAGGAGAUACACUGUAUGCUGCGGAUGGUCUCAGCUGUGCUGCAGUUUGGGAACAUUGUCUUCCGUAAGGAGAGGAAUACAGACCAGGCCUCCAUGCCUGAUAACACAGCUGCCCAGAAGCUCUGCCACCUCCUGGGCAUGAAUGUCACCGAGUUCACCCGUGCCAUCCUUACCCCACGAAUCAAAGUUGGUCGAGACUAUGUGCAGAAGGCACAGACAAAGGAACAGGCUGACUUUGCUGUUGAGGCCUUGGCAAAAGCUACCUACGAGCGUCUCUUCCGUUGGCUGGUGCAUCGGAUCAACAGAGCUUUGGACCGUACCAAGCGCCAGGGGGCAUCCUUCAUCGGCAUUCUGGACAUUGCAGGUUUUGAAAUCUUUCAGCUGAAUUCCUUUGAACAGCUCUGCAUCAACUACACCAAUGAAAAGCUUCAGCAGCUCUUCAACCACACCAUGUUUGUGCUGGAGCAGGAAGAAUAUCAGCGAGAGGGGAUUGAAUGGAACUUCAUUGACUUUGGCCUGGACCUCCAGCCCUGCAUAGACCUCAUUGAGAGGCCGGCAAAUCCCCCAGGGGUCCUGGCUCUGCUGGAUGAAGAAUGCUGGUUCCCCAAAGCCACCGAUAAGAGCUUUGUGGAGAAAGUUUCUCAGGAGCAGGGAACCCACCCCAAGUUCCAGAAGCCUCGGCAGCUGCGGGACAAAGCCGACUUCUGCAUCAUCCAUUACGCUGGCAGGGUUGACUACAAAGCAGAUGAGUGGCUCAUGAAGAAUAUGGACCCCUUGAAUGACAAUGUGGCUACCCUUCUCCACCAAAGUGCAGACAAGUUCACAGCAGAACUGUGGAAAGAUGUGGACCGGAUUGUGGGCUUGGACCAAGUGAGCGGGAUGGGAGACCUCGCCUUUGGCUCCUCAUACAAGACUAAGAAGGGAAUGUUCCGAACGGUGGGGCAGCUGUAUAAGGAGUCCCUCUCCAAACUCAUGUCAACCCUUCGCAACACCAACCCCAACUUUGUGCGCUGCAUCAUACCCAACCAUGAAAAAAGAGCUGGAAAAUUGGAGCCGCACCUCGUGUUGGAUCAACUGCGUUGCAACGGAGUCCUGGAAGGAAUUCGCAUUUGCCGCCAGGGAUUUCCCAACCGCAUCAUAUUUCAGGAAUUCCGACAGAGGUAUGAGAUCCUGACUCCAAAUGCCAUUCCAAAAGGGUUCAUGGAUGGGAAACAGGCCUGCGAACGCAUGAUCAAGGCCUUGGAGCUGGACCCAAACCUCUACCGCAUUGGCCAGAGUAAGAUCUUCUUCCGGGCUGGUGUUUUGGCUCACCUGGAGGAGGAACGGGACCUGAAGAUUACAGAUAUUAUAGUGUCUUUCCAGGCAGCCGCCCGCGGAUACUUGGCCCGCAAGGCUUUCAUGAAAAAGCAGCAGCAGAUGAGCGCCCUUAAAGUCAUGCAACGCAACUGUGCCGCCUACCUCAAGUUGCGCCACUGGCAAUGGUGGCGUCUCUUCACCAAGGUGAAGCCCUUGUUACAGGUGACACGGCAAGAUGAGGUAAUGCAAGCGAAGGCCCUGGAGCUGCAAAAGGUACAGGAGAAACACACAAAGACCCAAACGGACCUCAAGGAACUGGAGAACAAAUAUCAGCAGCUUUCGGAGGAGAAGGCCAUCCUGGCUGAGCAGCUGCAGGCUGAGACGGAGCUCUUUGCCGAAGCCGAGGAGAUGCGGGCACGGCUGGCGGCUCGGAAGCAAGAGUUGGAGGACAUCCUGCAUGAGCUGGAGUCGCGAGUGGAGGAGGAGGAGGAGCGAUGCCAGCAGCUGCAGGGAGACAAGAAGAAAAUGCAGCAGCACAUCCAGGACAUCGAAGAGCAGCUGGAGGAGGAGGAGGCUGCUCGGCAGAAGCUGCAGCUAGAGAAAGUGAGCACGGAAGCCAAGAUGAAGAAAAUGGAGGAAGACCUGCUGGUGCUUGAAGACCAAAACUCGAAACUGCAUAAAGAGAGGAAGCUGAUGGAGGAACGUCUCUCAGAGUUCACCUCCCACAUGGCAGAGGAAGAAGACAAGGUGAAGAGCCUGUCCAAACUGCGCAACAAAUACGAAGCAGUCAUAGCUGACAUGGAAGAUCGGCUAAAGAAGGAGGAAAAGGGGCGUCAGGAGCUGGAGAAGCUGAAGCGUAAGCUAGAUGGGGAGGCAGGUGACCUGCAGGAGCAGGUGGCGGAGCUGCAGCAGCAGCUGGAGGAGCUCCGCCAAGCUCUGGCAAGGAAGGAAGCUGAGCUACAGGCAGCACUGGCCAGAGUGGAGGAAGAAUCCGCACAGAAGAAUGCUGUGCUGAAGUCCCUGCGUGAACUGCAGGCACAGCUGGCGGAGCUGCAGGAGGACUUGGAGUCUGAGAAGGUGGCCCGCGCCAAGGCCGAGAAACAGCGGCGUGACCUUGGCGAGGAGCUGGAGGCACUGAAGACGGAGCUCGAGGACACCUUGGAUUCAACAGCUGCUCAGCAAGAGCUACGGUCAAAGCGGGAGCAGGAAGUGACCGAACUAAAGAAGACCAUUGAGGAGGAGGUCAAGGUGCAUGAAGCCCAGGUCCUGGAGAUGCGUCAGCGGCACACGACUGCCCUAGAGGAGUUGUCAGAACAGUUGGAGCAGUCACGCCGGUUCAAAACUACCCUGGAGAAGACUAAGCAAGCCCUGGAAGGGGAGAAUUCUGAGAUGCAGAAGGAGGUGAAGAUCCUGCAAGCCACCAAGCUGGAGUCAGAACAGCGAAGGAAGAAGCUGGAAGGCCAAGUCCAGGAGCUGCAGCUCCGGACUGCCGAGAGCGAAAGAGCCAAGACUGAGCUUACAGAAAGGCUGGUGAAACUGCAGAAUGAGCUGGAUGGAGUCUCUGGUACCCUGGGAACUGCAGAGUCCAAGACGAUAAAGCUUGCCAAAGACCUGGCCAGUGUAGAAUCCCACCUGCAAGAUACGCAGGAACUGCUCCAGGAAGAGACGCGGCAGAAGCUGAAUCUGAGCUCACGAGUCCGGCAGCUGGAGGAGGAAAAGGGGGCUCUACUGGAGCAGCUAGAGGAGGAGGAGGCCGCCAAGGCAAACUUCACCCGCCAGAUCCAGAGCUUGCAACAGCAGGUAAUGGAGGCCAAGAAGAAACUGGAGGAGGAUGCUGGAGCAGCAGAAUCAAUAGAGGAAGCUCGGCGCCGGGCAACCAAGGACCUAGAGGCCCUCUCCUUGCGUUAUGAGGAGCGGGUCCAGUCCUGCGACAAGCUGGAGAAAGGGCGGACCCGGCUGCAGCAGGAGCUGGAUGAUGUCACCGUUGCCCUUGACCAGGAACGCCAGGUGGUCUCUGCGCUCAAGAAGAAGCAGAAGAAAUUUGACCAGAUGUUAGCUGAGGAGAAGCUGAUCUCCACCCGCUACGCUGAGGAGAGGGACCGGGCAGAAGCUGACGCCCGGGAGAAGGAGACCAAAGUGCUUUCACUGAGCCGUGCCCUGGAGGAGGCGCCAGAGGCUCGGGAAGAGCUGGAGAGGCAGAAUAAGCAGCUGCGAGCCGAGAUGGAUGACCUGGUCAGCUCCAAGGACGACGUUGGCAAGAAUGUGCACGAGCUGGAGCGUUCCAAGAGGGCCCUGGAGCAGCAAGUGCAAGAAAUGCGAGCCCAACUGGAGGAGUUGGAAGAUGAGCUUCAGUCCACAGAGGAUGGGAAGCUCCGCUUGGAGGUCAACAUGCAGGCUCUGAAGGCGCAGCACGAGAGGGAGCUGCAGAACCGUGACGACUCCAAUGAUGACAAGAAGAAACUGCUUGGCAAGCAGGUACGGGAGUUGGAGGCUGAGUUGGAUGCUGAGAGGAAACAACGGGCCCAGGCGCUAGCAGCCCGGAAGAAGUUGGAGCUUGAUCUUCAGGAGGCCCUGGCACAGCUGGAUGCUGCCAACAAGGGACGGGACGAGGCAGGGAAGCAGCUGCGCAAGUUGCAGGCCCAAAUGAAGGAGCUCUGGCGGGAAGUAGAGGAGGCCCGUGCUGCCCGUGAGGAAAUCUUCAUUCAGUCCCGUGAGAGCGAGAAGAAGCUGAAGAAUCUGGAGGCAGAGUUGUUGCAGCUGCAGGAGGACCUGGCAGCAUCGGAACGAGCCAAGAGGCAGGCUCAACAGGAGCGGGACGACCUGGCAGAUGAGCUGGCCAAUGGGAACAGUGGCAAGUCAGCUCUCCUGGAUGAAAAACGCCACCUUGAGGCAAGAAUUGGUCAGCUGGAGGAGGAGUUGGAUGAGGAGCAAAGCAACAUGGAGCUCAUGAAUGACCGAUACCGCAAGCUCAGCAUGCAGGUAGAAACACUCACCACAGAGUUGGCGGCGGAGCGCAGCUUCUCACAGAAGGCUGAGAACGCUCGGCAGCAGCUGGAGCGCCAGAACAAAGACCUGAGGGCCAAGCUGGGGGAGAUGGACUCGUCUGUCAAAUCCAAAUACAAGAUGGCAAUUGCCACCCUGGAGUCCAAGGUGGCCCAGCUGGAGGAGCAGUUGGAGCAGGAGUCCAGGGAGAGGAUUCUGUCAGGAAAACUUGUGCGGAGGGCAGAGAAAAAACUCAAAGAGGUCAUUUUGCAGGUGGAUGAAGAGAGGAGGAACGCAGAUCAGUACAAAGAUCAGGUUGAAAAGGGCCACCUGCGGCUGAAACAACUGAAGAGGCAGCUAGAAGAGGCCGAAGAGGAGGCAUCGCGGGCCAAUGCCAGCCGCCGUCGCAUGCAGCGUGAACUUGAGGAUGUCACUGAGUCAGCGGAGUCUAUGAACCGUGAGGUCACCAGCCUGCGGAAUCGUCUCAGCAAGUUAGAGCGCCGGCAGCGGAAACGGACACCUCUCAGCUUCACCACCCGAACUGUGCGGCAGGUUUUCCGCCUUGACGGUGUUUCAGAUGAGGAGACUGAGGACCCAGAGAGCGACUCUCCGUCUGCAAAUCACCAGCCUCCCCCCCCUCUGACGCCCUCUCAGGGGCAGCAGCCAGCACCUCCUGCUGAGCCAGCCCAGACUGAAUGAGGAGGGGGGGUCAGACCCAAGGUGGGUGGGGUGGAUCUCAAGAGGGAGGGGAGUAGGAACCCCAACCUUUGCUACACUGUCUGAUAUGUAUACAGAAAAUCCCCUUUCCCACAGUUGCCUAUCUCCCGCUGCCGCCCUUUGGCUCCUCUUGCGAGGGUCUCCCAGCUCCUUCUUGUAUCAGGCUGCACUUUAAUAUCGCCCACUCCUGAGGGGUGGAAAUCGAGGAGGAGGGAGGCUUGGGAGUCAGGAUUUUAACUAUAUCCCUUUUAACAGAAAAAAAUCCAACUUAAUUAGCCAUUGCUUCUCCUGCAACUUCUCCCCCCCACACACACUUUUUUCUUUUCUUUCCUCCCAGCGCUAGUAUGAAUAUAUAAAAGCACUCUUGGCCCACUACAUUAAAAUAUGUAUCAAUGGGUGGGGAGGAAAUGCACACAGGUUGGGAUGGAAAUGGGCAGUCCUGUCCAGCAAUGCAGCUGCUUCUUGGGUUUUAUACAGCGAUCCCCAAGCUCUGGGUAGGGACAGCUGCUUUUUUUACAGGGGGACCCUUUGCUCAGCACUGAGAGGCAGGCUGUGUCUGGGGUACCUUCUGCCCCCUGUGUACUCCAGUCACUCUACUACAUCUCAGUCCCAAGGUCUCCUGGCCUUUCCACUUACCUGCUCCCCAGGGAGGCCUGUAGGAACCUCUCAAAUUCCUUCAUGAGAAGGACAUCUGGAAUUUAUCAUCUCUAGAAGGCUGCUUCUUCCAGCACACUCUGGUCUGCUGGAGUUACUUUGAACCCCCCACUUGCCUCUUGCACCUGCCCACACCAUGGGCAAAGAUGUGGAAUAAACUGGAAACCAUUCAUCUCAGCCUGCCUUCUCUUGUUUUGGACUGGAAUCUGGAUCCUACCCUCUCUGCAUAUCGUUGCCAGCAGCCAAGAGCACUUUGAACUUCUUUUACCCCCAUCCCCAAACCUGCUGUGGUGGUGUUAAAACCUGUGUGAGGGAGCCAGGAUUUGCAAACUUUAUAGGCCACAACCUAAAGUGAUGGGCCAAAGCCUGGCCUGUUUCAUCUUGCCCAAUUGCACAUGUGUGGAAUUCUGUAUUGUGCCUGGCCCAGAAUUUAAGUUCUGAGGACUUUCUGUAUUCAGUGUUUUCCCCUUCCAAACAAGAGAAAGGAAACCAAGUUUCUAGUUCUCAUGAGUUGUGGUUAUACAUUCAAAAACAUCCAGAUGUCUGCAGAAGCCUCUGGUGUUCAGAGGCGGUUGCUUCUGUCCCCUGUAGCUACUUGCCUCUUGCUUCUGCACCCAAUGUUCUUCCUGUUACUAUAUGGCUCCUUACCAAAAUAAUCCAAGUUCUGCAAAAAUUCAAAAGCUUGCUUUAGAAUAAGGCAGUUAGUUGAGCCAACAAUGCAAAAGAAGCAUAACUGCAGAAAUCUUAUUGAUUUACUUAAGGAAUUUUAAUUCUUUGGUGCAGAAGUGGGAGGUAGCACAAAGAACGGAAAGUUCUAACAGUCCUGAGCAGGUGUUUCCAAACUGCCUUUGUGUCUCUCUUGCUGAAGCACCAGGACACACCUUUUGGAGGUAGGGGUCUUAUGCCAAAUGCAACUGGGUGACCCUGCUUUAUAGAACCAGCAGGCUCCUUGCUUUGUGCUUGCAAUGCAUUCUGACCAUUACCCACCUUCACCUAUUUUAAGAACAACUUUGCUUUGCUCACACAAAGACUCGGCACUUGUCUCCAGCACAUAGAUAAGCAGCAUGUAAAGCAAAAUGCAUAUGCCAUCAUGCCUGAAAACUGCACAAGCAUCUCUUGCUGCAGUUACACAUGAAUGGGAGUAUCUGCUGUUUCCAUGUUGGAAAAUAUAUAUAUAGUGUGUAGCAGUCCAUAUCAUAAGAUGAAACUGAGGCAAGCCAAGAGCCCCUAAUUAUCCAGGGACUCUCUUCUUUUUUGCUCACUUUGGUUUCUGAUUUUAAUUCCUUGCUGAUGAUACACAAUGAUUGGAACUCUUCCCAUUAUUCAGUUGUAAACCACCCAGAGAGCUUCGGCUAUGGGGCGGUAUAUAAAUACAAUAAAUAAAUGACAAAGUGGUUUUUACUGGUUAGCCCAAAGUAUGGGAACUUGGCAGCCUGAUUCUAUGCAUGUUUACUCAGAAGCAAACUGUGUUCAAGGGGACUUACUCCCAGGUAAGUGUAGAUAGGCUUGCAAUAAUAUCUAGCACUAUUAGUGUGUUCAAAGGGUUUUACAUUCACUAUCUCAGUAUAAACUCUGGAUCUAAUCCAUUGUGCACUUUCUCUAAGUUAGCAGCAGAUGGGCAGAGUGAGACAAAAAAGUCCACCCUAGUCCUGCACUUAAGUGAGGUGUGGGAACCAGAUGUUGGCACUCCAGAUGUUGAACUGUAGCUUUCAUCAUCCCUGGCCACUGGCCAUGCUUGCUAGGGCUGAUGGGAGUUGUAGUUCAGCAACAUUUGGAGGGCCCACAUUUCCUCACUCCUGACUGAAGAGUUCAGAAUGAAGGGUUUGCAAAUCCCAGCUUGGACCCACAGUACAAACUUCCAGUUGUGUCUGUUCUUACGGCUCCAGGAACUGGCUCUGGGGGUGCGCCUGCCUUUCUAUAUAUAUAUAUAUAUGAAUAUCUUUUUUUUUUUUUGCAUGGUGGUUUCUUUGUCUUAAUUUGUUUUAAUUCUGUAUUAUUAUUAUUAUUUGUUUCUAACGAACAUAUUUUAUUCCAAGCAACUUGAUUUGUUUUUCCUCAAACCCAGGGGGUUUGCAUUUUUUAUUUUAAAUCUUUUUGUCCCUAUUCUCCCACUCUCACCGCCCCUCUUGCUGACUUGGACUGUUUGGAAUUUCAUAUGCUGAUGUAAAGGGCCGUAGCAAUUAUCCUGCUCCUUUUUUGUUAAAAAAAAGAAAGAGAAAAAAAAGAAUACUUUUUAAGAAAAAGUAUGUCUUCUAUUAAAGCUCGUCUUGGAUUA